AACCGGCGGGCGGACCUGCAGAAUGAGUCUGCAAACUGCCAAUGUAGAAAAUAUUGGAGAUGGUGCUUCUGCUGAAAACUGUGGUGUGCUUUUUGUGUCUUUAGAGGCCACAGGCAGGCCUUCUGUCCUUUGUCCCUCGCAGAAAGAAAAUGUGCCACCCAAGGAUGCAGUGAAACACAUGAAGGUGACUUUUCAAGAUCCUGUGCGGGACCUUAAGACUUGCAGGAUUCCUGGCAUAAGGAAAAAAGCUGAAAUGCAUCCUACAAUAAAUGGCUGUGCAGAGGCUCCAGAGGAAUCUGACUUGCCUGCACUCAGCGCUGUUAGGUGUCAACAGUCAGUUGAGCUUGAUUCUGGAACUACAAAGGAUAAAUGUUCAGAAAUAAUUGGUUUCCAAAUGGGGGAGUCCGAGCUGCAAAAUUCUCCAGUGGCAAACAAAAUCUCGCCACAAUACGAAGAAGAUGCCAACGUAUCAAAAGUGGAGUUAAUAAAAUUUGAUUUUGCUGAGACACCUGCUGUCAAAUUAUCUCCAGAGCAACCCGACAAGAGGGCUGAAACACAGACACCUUCUCAGAAAGAUUCGAUUCACAGAAAAGCACUGAACGGGACCGAAGGGAAAAACAACACUGGAACAGAGGAGAGCAUAGUCCCCAAGGCAUCUUCACCCUUUAACUCGGAUACUUCUGGCGAUCCUGACUUGAAGCAAUUUGAUGGUUGCAAAGAUCAGCAUUCCUCUGAGAAUAUGCCUAGUGUUGAGACUGCUGACAUCGAAGGCAAUACUAUCACAGCAAAAUCUCUUCCAGUACAGCAGUCUAGUUCACGAGAUGAAUCUGAAGCUGUAGAUAUACCACCUGAGAGACAGGAAAAGACUGAGCAGCUGGUAACUGAAAACAAAGCUCUGGUUAAAGUAGAAGAUCAAUUGGAGCCUUCAGACGAGCUGAUGGUGAGCCUGAGUACUUCCUCAGGCCAUGGUGAUGAAUCAUUAGAUUAUCAGCAAUCAAUAUAUAAAACAGCUUGUGGGAUGUCUGAAAUGGCUGUGAAUGCAGAAAAUGAGGAGUUUAGGUCACCCACAGAAGUUUUAGGAGUGAACAUGGAGUUAGACUACUUGGAGCAGUUUGGAAUGGCCUCGUUCAAGGAAUCUGCUUGGAGAAAACAGUCUCUCUAUUUGAAAUUUGAUCCUCUGCUUACUGAAAGCCCUAAGAAAAUUAGUCCUCAUGCAACUGAAAUGGUACCUACAGUUCCAGCUUUACUUGGACAAUGUACUGAAAUACCCACCCAUGAAAUAACUCCUAAAGAAACAAAAAACUUCUUUAAAAUGAACCUUCUAGGAACAAGCCCAGACCUGGGCAAAGCUUCUAUAGACAUCCCAACUACCAGCGAUACUUCACAGUUCUUUUCUGCACCUGUGCCUACUGAGGCUAUCAUAGAUGUGCUGAAAUAUAGUCAGAAAGACAUGGAUGCAGCUGUAGAAAAAAUUAAGAAUGAGAUGAAUGCUGUUGUCAAAAAGCUUGCUUCUGAGGUGCAAGAAAAGCAGGAAGAAGUUCUUGAAUGGAAGAGCAAAUACGAUAAAAUUUACACUGAAACUCAAGAAAUGGGAAAAAUACUUGUGGGAUUUGAAGGAACCAUAACACAGUUGGUGGAGGAGUCCCAGAACCAAAAGGAUCUUGCAAAACAAGAAUUGCAGAAAGUUCUAGAUGAAAAACAGCAACUUCUGUGUGAUCUGAAUUCCAUGGAAAAAUCUUUUGCUGAACUUCUCAAACGAUCUGAAAAACGGAAAGAGGCAAUAGAAGGAUUUCAAAGAAAUGAAGAGGCUCUGAAGAAAUGUGUUGAGGACUAUGCCACAAGAAUUAAGAAGGAAGAGCAGCGAUACCAAGCACUAAAGGCACACGCAGAAGAAAAACUAAGCCAAGCAAAUGGAGAGAUUGCGCAAGUAAGGAGCAAUGCUAAAGCAGAGGUGAUGGCACUCCAAGCCAGUUUGCGCAAAGAACAAGUGAAAAUCCAGUCACUAGAGAGCCUUAUUGAGCAGAAGGUAAAGGAAAAUGAUGAACUCACAACCAUCUGUGAUGACUUGAUUUUAAGGCUGGAGAAAAAACAAUAAUAUUCUGUCACUAUUUUUAUACCUAAUUAUGAGAGGAUUCAUUUGCUCUAGUCUGACUACCACUGUUAGUUUUUCCAACGAUAUACAAAUGGACUAAAAUCCUUGAAAAGGUAUGUUUUGUUUUUGUAAAUAAAACUUCAGGUGCACAUGCCUUUUUAAGGCUUUUGAUUUUCUCCCUGUAUGGCCUCGGCCUUCCUUGGAACUGAUGUCAUCUCUACCAGAUCUACGACAGCCAAGAACUCCAGCAUGCAUUGCUCUUCUCUGCGGGAGGAGUUGCAGUAGGUUUUCCUGUUCAUAGGAAACUAGACAAGCGCCCUCUAAGAAUAACAUCAUUUGGUUUGGCAAAGAGCUUCUGGGAAGCUUCAGCACAUGUCUGAUUUGUAUGGCUUGCUUGACCACACCACUUGCAUGAGUUCCUCUGUCUUGACAGCUGCACUGAUGGAAGAAAAAUAAGGGUCUCAGCUCUGUCCUUGUGAUUUUGUUGUGGUUAUAAUGCUGGAUUGGUUCAAUAGUCUUUUCACCUGAUUCUUGAGUCCUACAUUCUGCCGAAUUGUAUAGUUAUUCAUUAGGACUAAAAAUGCUGUUUCUCUAAGGCAGGACUCAAGGUGGGUUACAAUGGACCAGCCCUGGUCUCUGUCUAACUUAUGUGUAAGCUAUUUCAAGGCCCAAUUGGUGAGAAAAGCAGGGUCUAAUUUUGUUCUAACUAUUAUCACCCCUGUCUUAAUUAAAGUUUACCCUU